UUCUUUCACCAGACCAGUCAAGUAAAGCAAAGCAAACCUUCUCAACAUCCUUCCCAAACCAUCCCAACGCUAAAACUUCUCAUCACAAUUCAAAAUGUCGCUCAUCCCCAGCUUCCGAAGAAGCAGCGUCUUUGAUCCCUUUUCCCUCGAUCUCUGGGACCCUUUCAAGGAUUUCCAAUUCCCUGCUUCAUCGCUCUCCACUUUCCCUGAAUUUCCUCGCGAAAAUUCGGCUUUUGUUAAUACCAGGAUCGACUGGAAGGAGACUCCAGAAGCCCAUGUGUUCAAGGCCGACAUUCCGGGGCUGAAGAAAGAAGAGGUCAAGGUUGAGGUUGAAGAUGACAGGGUGCUUCAGAUUAGCGGAGAGAGGAAGAUAGAGAAGGAGGACAAGAACGACACCUGGCACCGGGUCGAGCGUAGCAGCGGCAAGUUCUCCAGAAGGUUCAGGCUUCCUGAGAAUGCCAAGAUAGACGAGAUCAAGGCUGCUAUGGAGAAUGGGGUUCUCAGCGUGACAAUUCCUAAGGUGGAGGUGAAUAAGCCCGAUGUGAAAGCUAUUGAAAUCUCCGGUUGAAAUUUCUAAAGCUUAGAUCAUCUUUAUUAUAAAAGAUCUGUAAGAAAAAUAAAGAGUAGUCAUUUUUAUUUCUCUAAUUUUUACCGCAUGUUUGUGUCAUUUCGUGUGUAUUUGUAGUAUGUAAGUUGAUCGAAUGAGUGGUUUCUUGUAAAAAUUUUAGUUAUGGGAUAUUAUUAAUCUUAGUUUUUGCACCGGUAUUUUGCUAA